CCCAGCAUCAUUCCCUAUCGAUCAACUCUACUUCAAUAGAGCAGUAGCAGAAGAAGAAGAGCUCCGAAGAAGUUGAUAAAACCUUCCCAAAAUAAGAAAGAGAGCUUCUCUCUCUAUAAUCUUCUCUCACUAGAAAUGUUGAGCGAAUCUCCCGCGGAUGCUGCUCCCUCAACUUGUGGAUUGAGUUUGGAAGGCCUCGAUGACGUCGAAGACUAUCCCUGGGAUAAUGAAGGAGAAAGGUUGAUGUCGUCGGGAAGGCAUAGCCAUCUCUAUGAUUUAGUGCAGAUGGGGAACAAAGCCUUCCGAGAGAAUCGACUCGAUGAGGCAAUCAAUCAUUAUUCAAGGGCUAACAACAUAAAACCUGGUGAUCCUAUUGUUCUUAGCAACAGAUGUGCUGCCUACAUCAAAUUCAGUGAAUUCCUGAAAAACAGACCUCCAUCAGUUUCAGAAUAUAGACCAUUAAGUGGGUUGGAUCCUACAACUCAUGCUGGGCUUGCACUGAAGGAUGCUGAGAAGUUGAUGAGCCUGCGAGCUAAUUCAGUUACAUCAUACAUUUUGAAGGCAAACGCACUCAUUUUGUUGGAAAAGUAUGACCUUGCCCGGGAUGUUGUCUAUUCAGGUCUUCAGCUAGAUCCUUUAAGCAAUCCUCUUCUAAACCUGGAGAGAUCAACAGCUAGUACAACUGGGAGGAGAGACCUUGGAAAACCAUUGCGAACUGAUGACUUUGAUUGCACUCUUUGUUUGAAGUUGUUAUAUGAACCUGUCACAACUCCUUGCGGACAUUCUUUUUGCCACUCAUGCCUGUUCCAAUCGAUGGACCGGAGUAACAGAUGUCCGCUCUGCAGAACAGUCCUGUUCAUUAGUCCCAGAACCUGUGCUACUAGUGUGACAUUGAACAAUAUUAUUCAAAAGAACUUUCCAGAAGAAUAUGCUGAAAGGAGGUCUGAGCAUGAGAGUUUAACAAACCCUGGUGUAGAUUUGUUACCUCUUUUUGUCAUGGAUGUUAUUUUGCCUUGUCAGAAGUUUCAACUGAAUAUAUUUGAACCUCGUUACAGACUAAUGGUGAGGAGAAUUAUGGAAGGAAAUCGCCGAAUGGGAAUGGUGAUCAUUGAUUCUACAACAGGUUCCAUAGCUGAUUAUGGUUGUGAAGUGGAGAUUACAGAUUGUGAGCCACUUCCAGAUGGAAGAUUUUUCCUGGAGGUUGAAAGUCGCCGAAGAUGUCGCAUCAUUCAAAACUGGGAUCAGGAUGGGUAUCGUGUUGCAGAAGUUGAAUGGGUUCAAGAUCUAUAUCCACCAGAAGGAACAGUUGAGAGGGAUGAUUUACAGGAAAUGAUAAACAAAGCAGCAGCACAUGCUAGACAAUGGAUAAGAAGAGCACAAGAAGCUGCGCAAGGAGAUAGAAUACGGCUUGCAGAACUUUUUAAAGCAGAAGGGAUGAUGCCCUCAACACGAGAUCCAGAGCGUUUCAGCUUUUGGCUUGCUACACUAAAUAAUCGGAGGCCACUAGAAAGGUUAGAGCUUCUGCGCACGAGAGAUACAAAAGAGAGAUUGCGAAGAGGACUCAUCUAUAUGAGGUCAGAGGAUGAGAGAUGUCGACUUCAAUGAGCGUAAUAACAGUGCCAUGAUUAUAUAUGUUUUGAGGCAGCUUGGAAUACUUUGAUCCUUGUAUAGAAAUUAUGGAUCUCCCUGAAUUAGGGAAAACGGGAAUCUAUAGUCUAUUCUUUGGUUGACCUAUAGUUUUUCUCCUCAAAAAGGUCAACUCCACUUA